ACGAAAAGUGUUUCAUUUCCGUUUAUAAAUCCAGUUUGUCGGCCCCGUCAAAGUUUCUCCCAAUUCUCAGCUCGUUUUUCUCUGGAAAAGCUUUCUCUCGUUUUUGGAUUAGUUUCUCUCAUUUUCCAUCUUUCUCCGAGUUCGGGAAGGUAUACAUGGGGAAGAUUAAGUGUUUCAAGGAUGAGUACACUUUCGAGGAACGUCUGAAGGAGUCACAGAGUAUCGCGGCAAAAUAUCCGGAUCGAGUACCUGUAGUAAUUGAGAAGUAUUCUAGAACAGACCUGCCUGAAUUGGACAAGAAGAAAUAUUUGGUUCCUCGAGACAUGUCUAUUGGGCAAUUCAUACACAUAUUGAGUAGCAGGCUACAUUUGCCUCCUGGGAAGGCAUUGUUUAUAUUUGUGAAGAACACAUUACCUCAGACUGCAAAUCUCAUGGAUGCCGUCUACAAGGCUUACAAGGAUGAUGACGGAUUUCUCUACAUGUGUUACAGCAGUGAGAAAACAUUUGGCUAGUUUAGUUGCCUGAUCGGUCAUCCUUGUUGUAAGUAUUUGAAUUCAAUUUGGUAAAUAAAGCGAACUCUUAUGACUUGACAAACUACAACAUGGUUGUCUAGUGGUGAGGGAGUUUGGUUUGGGUUUAGUCCUCAAGAUGUAGAUUCAAUUUCAAAUAUCUACGCCAACAUGUACCUAAAAACUUGUCCGACUGGACACCAGAAUCCCUCAUGUAAAUUAUUAUUCAAUGUAAUCUCAAUGAAGUUCACAAUUUAUUUACAAUUA